CGCUCCUGACGUUCUUCAAUGAACAAACGCUGCGUGCUCCCCCCUUCCCCCACCCCGGCCCACCAUCACCUGGGAGACGUUUGAGCCCAAGGACUGGUUUCAUGGCGGCCCCGAAGAGCGAGACUGUGGGGCCGUUGGUGGGGGCGGUGGUCCAAGGAACUAACUCCACUCGCUUUCUGGUGUUCAAUUCGAGCACAACAGAACUAGUGACUUACCAUCAGGUGGAAUUAGUCCAGGACUACCCCAAGGAAGGCUGGGUGGAGCAGGACCCCAAGGAGAUUCUGCAGUCGGUGUACGAGUGCAUCGAGCAGACGGGGCAGAAGCUGGCCAAGCUCAACGUGGACGCGUCCGCCAUCAAAGCCAUCGGCAUCAGCAACCAGAGGGAGACCACGGUCAUCUGGGACAAGUUCACCGGAGAGCCGCUCUACAACGCCGUGGUCUGGCUGGACCUGCGGACCCAGACUACCGUAGAGAAACUCAGCAAGAAGAUCCCCGGGAAUAACAACUUUGUCAAGUCCAAGACGGGCCUGCCCCUCAGCACGUACUUCAGCGCCGUGAAGCUGCGCUGGCUGCUCGACAACGUGCAGAAAGUGCAGAACGCGCUGGACGAGGGCAGGUUGCUGUUCGGCACCGUCGACUCCUGGCUCAUCUGGAACAUGACGGGAGGGACGAACGGCGGCCUCCACUGCACGGAUGUGACCAACGCGAGCCGCACGAUGCUCUUCAACAUCCACUAUCUGGAAUGGGAUAAAGAGCUGUGCAGUUUCUUCGAGAUCCCCAUGAGCAUCCUCCCCACCGUGCUGAGCUCCUCCGAGAUCUACGGCAAAGUGUCGCAGGGCGUGCUGGAAGGGGUGCCCAUCUCUGGGUGCCUGGGCGACCAGUCGGCCGCAUUAGUCGGGCACAUGUGCUUCCAGGAAGGACAAGCCAAAAGCACGUACGGAACGGGCUGUUUCUUGCUGUGUAACACGGGUCGUAAAUGCAUCUUUUCCGAACACGGCCUUCUGACCACCGUGGCUUACAAACUAGGCAAAGACAAGCCGGCGUGCUAUGCCCUGGAAGGCUCCGUGGCCAUCGCUGGUGCCGCUGCUCGCUGGCUAAGAGACAAUCUUGGAAUUAUAGACAGCCCACAAGAAAUUGAAACGCUGGCCAAAGAAGUAGGCACUUCGUACGGCUGCUACUUCGUCCCGGCAUUUUCAGGGCUCUAUGCACCUUACUGGGAGCCCAGUGCUAGAGGGAUACUCUGUGGUAUCACUCAGUUUACCAAUAAAUCCCACAUUGCUUUUGCUGCGUUAGAAGCUAUUUGCUUCCAGACCCGAGAGAUUUUGGAAGCCAUGAACCAUGACUGUGGAAUUCCACUCAGUCAUUUGCAGGCAGAUGGAGCACUGACCCAAAACAGGGUCCUUAUGCAACUACAAGCAGACAUUCUGCAUAUCCCGGUAAUCAAGUCCACUAUGCCUGAAACCACCGCCCUGGGAGCUGCCAUAGCAGCAGGAGCUGCAGAAGGAGUGGAAGUUUGGAGUCUUAAAACGGACACCUUGCCCAACAUUAAAGUGGAAAAGUUUGAACCACAAAUCAAUACCACAGAAAGUGAAACUCGCUAUGCUACGUGGAAGAAAGCUGUGCAGAAAUCAAUGGGUUGGGUUACAACGGAGUCUCCCGAAAGUAGAGAUCCUAUUCUCUUCUCUACUCUACCCUUGGGCAUUUUUAUAGUGAGUAGUAUGAUACUCUUAAUUGGAGCAAGAUGCAUUUCAGGUAUAUAAUGCCAACCAUGGGCCCCCAAGAUGUGAACUUUCUAUCUAAGGAAAGAUUCUAUCUGCAGGUGACCAUACUAUACUGUCAUAGCCAUAAACCACUUUACCAUGACUUAUGAAAAUUCAACAGGUAGAUAUGUGACUUGCAAUAAAGAAAAUGAAGCAAAACAAAAACACUGUAACAAAACAUUUUUUAAAAGAUCAUAGUUAAGUUUGGACCAGCCACUUUGGGGGUGCUCCAGGCACUUAAGAGGUAACAAAGCCUGCUAAAACUGAA